AUGGACGCCGCACAAAUCAACGAUGAAGUGGUCAGCAAAAAAGAAAUUUGCAGAUUGCUCUCCAAUCGAAUAUUUUGCAGGUGUCGAGCGGAUCGGCGCAAGCAAUGGCGGCGCACGGGCGCUCAAUGUCGCCGAGUCCGUCGAUGAGCCACGGAGAUCCGCUCCUUCCGGUCGCCGAAAAUUGGUGCCAUACACAGGUAUUUUUCUCGAUUUUUCUAAUUGUGCUCCCAAAAUUCGACUCGAAAUCUUUUGCACGGCGGCGCGGAAGCGCACCGAAACGUGUUUUCUAAAAUCUUCCGCAAUUUCAGCACUUUUCCGCUAGUUCUGAGCCGAACAUCCAAGAAAGAAAACAUUCAAAGACAUUUUUGAGCGUUCGAACAGAAAAAAUGAUCGAGAACGGACUGAAAUUCGCAACUAAAAAAUUUGAUGUUUUUUAAGGUGAAAGUGGUAAAAUUCAACUACAUGUGGACGAUCAACAACUUUUCGUUUUGUCGCGAAGAAAUGGGCGAAGUGCUGAAAUCGUCGACAUUUUCAGCCGGAUCCAACGAUAAAUUGAAGUGGUGUUUACGGAUAAAUCCAAAGGUUUGUUCUCUUUUUUUUGUUGUUGUGAAAACGCGAUUCGACAAUUCUUUAAUCCUUGCAGGGUCUCGACGAAGAAUCGCGUGAUUAUCUGUCUCUGUACCUCCUUCUCGUCCAGUGCAACAAGUCGGAAGUGCGCGCGAAAUUCAAAUUUUCGAUAUUGAACGCGAAACGCGAGGAGACCAAGGCAAUGGGUUCGUUUUUCGCCCCCGCAAGAAGCCAUCACUUCAAAUCACUCGGAAAAGUGGUCUAAAACGCUGCAAAAGUUACAGAAUCCCAGCGAGCGUACCGAUUUGUGCAGGGCAAAGAUUGGGGCUUCAAAAAGUUCAUAAGACGCGAUUUUUUGCUGGAUGAGGCGAAUGGACUGCUGCCCGAGGAUCGAUUGAGCAUAUUUUGUGAGGUAAAAUCGUUUUUCCCGUUUCAAAUGUGAAUUUCCAGCAAUGGCCUAGAAAAACACGAGGUGGCCUAGAAAACUCUGCUUCCCGAAAAACUCGGCCACCACUGUCUGUGUUCAGUUUCUGGCGUUUUUUUUCGGGUUUUUCGAGCUAAAAGUGCCGAAAUUUCACGGUUUUUAGCUUUAGAAUGGUGAAAAUAGAAACAUUGCUCGCAAAAACUCAACGAUCACCCAUAAAAUUGACGAAACACGGAUCUUUUCGCAAUUUUUCAUUUAGGUAUCAGUUGUGGCCGAAACGGUGAACGUGACGGGUCAGACAAACGUGAAUCAGCUGUUCAAAGUGCCGCAGUGUCGACUCGCCGACGACUAUGCGAAUUUGUUCGACAAAAAGCAAUUUUCCGAUUUUACCAUCUUUUGCAAGUCCGACUCGGGAAUGCCGUCGCAGACGUUUCAUGUAAGUCAGAAAAAUGUUUGAAUUUGUGCAAAAUAACAAAUUCAAUUAUUCAGGUGCACAAAUCGAUAUUAUCGGCUCGAUCACAAGUAUUCGCGGCCAUGUUCGAGCAUCACAUGCAAGAAUCCGACACGAAUAUGACGACAGUUGAUGACGUCGAGCCGGAGGUCAGUUUUGAGGGCUUCUGGAAUUUUUUCUCAAAACCAAUUUGUUGCAGGUAAUGCGCGAGCUGCUAUUGUACAUUUAUACGGGCCAAACGAAGCUGAUCAACGAAAUGUCGCAACUUUUGAUAGCGGCCGCCGACAAAUAUCAGUUGGAUCGGUUAAAGGUAAGACAGAUUACGGUAGAUUACUGUAGCAUUGCAUUUUUUCUGGAGUGUCUGAUUAUUUUUCAAUGUUCUCCCCCCAGAUGCCUCAUUAAAAAAUUUCCAGGUAUUGUGUGAGCAACAAAUGUGCUAUUCGCUGAAUACGGACAACGCGUGCGUGACAUUAAUGCUCGCGGACAUGCAUUCGGCCAAUCAGUUGCGCGCUCACGCAAUCAAUUUUAUUAAUGUGAAUGCCACUGAUGUGAGUUCAAGCAACAAUUUGUUCCAAGUUUUCGUUUAUGUAAAACUCAGGGCUGGGCUUUUUGAGGCCUGGACUUUUGACAUACUUGCUAUGAUCCGAUCGGGUCCAAACUUCGCAGGCUUCUUGGACAUGGAUUGAAGUAUGUUGAGUCCAAGUUUCAGACCGAUCGGAUCAUUCGGUCCCGAGAUAUGUGGAUCAGAGACUGUUUGCGAAAAUUGCGGACUUCUCGGCUUCCGAUCCACAUAUCGCGAAACCAGAUGGUCCGAUCGAUCUGAAACGUGGACCCAAGAUACUCCGAUCCAAGUUCAAUAAGCCUGCAAAGUUUGGGCUCGAUGGGGUCAUUGCAAGUGGGUCGAAAGCUCGACAGGCCGUCAAAAAAGUGUUUCUCCCAACAAUUUCUUUUAUUUUUCAGGUGAUGGCGUCGGAAGGCUGGGAAGACCUGGUCCGUGAGCAUCCGAAGCUUCUGGAAGAAGUGUUCCGCGCGCUCGCCACCCAACAAACCCCGCCGAUCGUCCUACAACCACCCAAAAAACGGGCAAAGCAUAAUAUUCCCUAUUGA